GAGCGCCUGGUUUUCCAGGCAUGGCGACGGGCCCGUCACGGAAUCAGACGCUUGCAUUUGAUCUCAUUCUUAGGACUUUUUGCUACUGACGCUUAGUUCUUUUGCCUCAAUCUUCUGCUUAUGCAUUAUAAGAAGAUGUGAGUACCUACUCUGUCACUGUCUUUGUUGGUUCUUUUUCUUGGGAAUUUCGUAGGUUCAUCACUUAUUGUUAGUUCGUUGCUUGUUUCUUUACAAGGAUCUGAGAAAUCGUACUAGUGUACUAGCAUAAAGUCGUCCCACUCCCGGCAACAACAAGAAAGAAUGGGAGAUUCACAUGCGCAGCAGCACACUACUCCUUCGGGAGGGGGUUACUUCGACAAGAAGGGUGAGAUCAACGAACUGCGAACGUUGCUGCGACAGGUGAUGGCCGAAAGCAACAAUGAGGAAAAGCGACGUGAUGCCUUGAAGAAAGUAAUCGCCUACAUGACUUUGGGUAUCGAUGUGUCGCGCCUCUUCAGCGACGUCGUCAUGGCCUCGCACACACAAGACGUCGUCCAGAAAAAGAUGAUCUAUCUUUACCUCACAAAUUAUGAAACAGGAUAUCAUGAUCAUUUUGGAUCGUCCUAAAUAGAAACAUGAUCAAUCAAUCUAGAUGUAGAAGUGUCUCGCAGAAGGGAGCACAAUUGUGAUGCCUCCGGAAGUACCUUACACAUUUUUUUCAGAGGGUUUCCAGAAGAACAGUUUGAUAUCACACCUUCUGCCUUUCUUCAUUUUUUCUACGCCGAGAGCAACGGUGAACUAGCUCUUUUGGCUAUCAACACCUUGCAGAAAGACUGCCGCGAUGAGGAUCCAACCAUCCGCGGGUUGGCCUUACGCAGUCUCUGUUCGUUGAAGUUGCCUGAUAUGCUGGAGUAUCUUGAGCCCGCUGCAGUGAAUGGGCUACGCGACGCCUCCGGUUACGUCCGGAAGUCUGCGGUUGUCGGGAUUUUAAAAAUUUUCCAUCUUUCACCAAUUAGUGUGCGCGAAAGCGAUGAAAUUUUGGACCGUUUAUACGCCUUGGUGGCGGACCCAGAUGGUCACGUAGCCACGAAUGCGAUUUUCGCUCUAGAAGAAAUCCUCAAGGACUGCGGAGGAAUGACAGUCAAUAGUAUGAAAGGAUGAAAAUUACUUACUCCUACUAGGCUGCUAAUUGAGGGCGAGUAGUAUCAUUCAUCAUCCACGUACAUUUUACUGGUCGGUGAAGUGGAACAAUGAUAUUUAUUUUUAGUUAGCGAUUAUCUGAAAAUUCAGAGAACCUUUUUACUCACAAGCAUAAGUCGCCGUGCUUGAACAACUCUCUUCUAAGACGGAACCUUUGAUCGAGCAUUUGUUGAACCGGUUGAACCAGCUACCGGAGUGGGGCCAAAGCGUCGUGCUUCACGCUUUGCUCACAAAAUACGACAUAGCAACGGAAGCAGAAAUGUAUGACGUGAUGAACCUGCUCGAGCCGCUCUUGAAGCAGUCCAGUGCAAGUGUCAUUUAUGAGGAAAAAGUCUGCAAAUUUGAGAGAGGAUAUUACCGCGAGGAAUAUCCAAGCUUCUUCACAGUAGGUUAGUACUAGCGUGGUCGUUCUGGUCGAAGUUGUAGGACACUUAGAAUUCUCAUCAUAGCGACUAGUUUAAUUUACUGUCGGACUGACCACUAUCAAGUUUUCGCUGAACCAGAAGAACCUCUCUCCCUCUUCAUCGCUGCAUCAGCGUAGCGGAGAUUUUUCUGCACAUUACGCAGAGGGCUCCUCUCGAGUUGCAGACACAAGUGCUAGGACGGCUUAAAGGGCCACUGUUGACUCUAGUCGCAACAAAUUCGAUGGAGCUAGGGUUUGCGGUAUUGUCGCACAUUCACUGCUUGCUAUCGCGCAUGUUAGGCGAGAACGCAUCGGUGGACCCACUAGUGUUGAUCCCGAGCUGGAUCGAGGACUACAAACAGUUCUUCGUAAAGUGGAACGACUUUACCUACGUAAAGCGUGUGAAAUUAUGGCAGGUUGGUUCUUGCUGGCUUGCUUGUGUAUUUGUUUGUUUGGAUGCGCUCUGGUCUUGAUUAUUUAGUCGUAGCGUACUAGACAAGUUUUCAAUCUUCUAGUUGCUAGAAACAUUCACGAAUGAUAGUAGAAAACGAUCAAGAUGAUGAGAAAAGAAUUGCCAUUCUAAGAAAGCUGGACAUUUUGUGCUUACUGGUGGUUCCGGGAAACGCCGCGACGGUGAUAUCGGAGAUCCGGGAGUCGGUGACAGAUUUGUCGAGCGAAAUUUCGAAACAUGCAAUUCAAUGCUUGGGCAACAUCGCCCUGCGCUGUCCCGAAAACGGUGGCUACAUCGGCCAGGUCGUCCAAACGCUACUUGACCUUCUGCAAUUAGGAUCCAGUGGUGGGGACACAUCCAGCACCGCUGCGACAGGCGCAUCUGGUGACUAUGGGUACGGCGCGGCGUCGCAGUACGUUGUCACGGAGACCGCGGUAGUAAUGAAGGAUAUCCUGAGGAAAUACCCAGAGCAAUUUGCGGAAGUAGGCCCGUCACUGGAGCGCGUCCUGGAGAGUGUGGAAGGCUCGGGCGAAGGCAAGGCCGCGCUCGUCUGGAUGUUGGGCGAAUUUGGGAGCAGGAUCAGUGAGGGACCGUAUCUACUAGAGCCAUUGAUCGAGGACUACGAGUCUCUGGAGCCGGUGGUCAAGGGUGAGCUGCUCAUCGCCGCGGCCAAGCUGUUUUUCGCGCGCCCACGUGAAUGUCAAAUCCUGUUGGGCAAGUUGCUGGAUGCGGCGUUGAAAGAGGAACGGGUGGACUUGAGGGAUCGCGCUUUGUUGUAUUAUAGACUUCUGCUCGCUAAUGCAGAAGAGGCGAAGCGGGUGAUUUGCGGCACAACGAAGCAGAGAGUGAAAGGCGCCUUCCAGGAAGACGUGCGCGCAGCGGUAGACGCGCGCAUAUUCCGUGAAUUCAACACGCUUAGUGUCAUCUACAAAAAGCCGGCCGCCAAGUUCUGCACGUUGCUGGACGGUUCGGAAGUGGCUUACCGAGGUGGCCAUGUUCCAAGUGGCCCCAAUAUCCCGAAAGCGGGCACGACAUCUUCAAUCAGUGAGCAGCCUCCUCAGAGCAGUGCAUCUGCGGCCAAUGGCACUAUGGCGAGUGCAGCAGCAGCACCGGUUGAUCUGUUAGACGGAACCCCCGCACCACCGGCAGCACCCACCUCCGCGGGUCUGGAUUUGCUUGGUGUCGACGAUUCGCGAGAUCUCCUUGCUGGCAACACGCCAGCUUCGGGAGCUUCCCUUGACAUCCUGCUGGACGGCGGUGGACCAGCGUCUUCUUCAUCCAAAGCAGCACCCGGUGGGUUUGUGGUCCCACCACCGGGACAGUCCGAGCUUGCAGGUGCAGAGUUCGAGGAGACCUGGACAUCGUGGCCAGUGCUCGUAGAAGAAUCGCGCGCGUUCAACGCGCCCGCGCAGCUGGACGCGCUAGACUCUUUGGUGCAGAGUGCACUCGAAAAAGUGCACCUGCAAUGUCUCGCGAGUGGCUUCUUACCAGAAGAACGCAUGCUCAAAUUUUACCUCUACGGCUUUGUUAGCAAUGCUAGUGCGGAACAAAAUAGUAAUACGGUUGAAGAUCUUCUCGACGCAGCGGCAGCAGCACCCGCCACGGGAGCUGCGUCGGUGAUGCUGGUGGAGAUUUUACUCCAAGGACAGGAGCAAAAGGCGCAAAUCACUGUGAAAGGUUCAGGCUCUUGUCCAGAAACCGCGAAAGCUCAGGUGUGGGAAGCACUGCGCCCCUUUCUCUAGCAGUGCGCACUGGCAUCGACUGGCAUAAUCUACCGGUGUAAGAACAUAUCUGAGUCUGAUCGCGUUGACGACCCGACUUUUUUCAUCUUGAUGAAGGUGCUUUAACAAACAAAUUUCUGACACCCCCAAAAUGAUACUGCGCCCGCGUGUGUGAUAGAAAACGGAUAGCACACAACACCGAGGACGAUGCCGAUGCGUUUCUACUCUUUCCAAAAACUGAAGGAAGGUAUGGAUUUCAGAUCUUAGUGAUAUUCAUGAUCACACACGACUCGUUGUCAUCUAUCUUGGAUUUCAU